AUGUCGAGUGCGGAUGAGGGUGAACGUGGGGGCACUGCAGCUGCAACUUCGCGCGCAACCUCCGCCAUCCAGUCCCCUGCCGACCACUCCCAUCAUUCUUCGGCCUCUACAUCUCAGCCCUCUUCCACUCUCGACGACGCAGACUUCUCGACUUGGUCCAGCAGCUUGGGCUCUCAUACUGUAAAUACCCUUUCCACCGGCCAGUCGCCCUCCCAUUUAUUCUCGACCGACACCUCCAAUAAGUCCAGCGCCAAUUUCCCUGCACCUACAAAAGCCGCAAAUCCCAGCCUCAAUCCCAACCUGGAUCUCUCCACCACGGACGUCCUUGCUCGCAAUGAGUCGCUGCUACGGGACGCCGUCUUCCCAGAGUGGAAGGACGAUGCUCACUCCUCCGACCUCGACAGCCCAGAAGAGAUGCAAAAGAAGGACCCUCUAGGCACUCAGAUAUGGAAAUUGUAUAGCCGUACUAAAUCUCGCCUCCCCAACCAGGAGCGUAUGGAAAACCUGACCUGGCGGAUGAUGGCUAUGAAUUUACGCCGUCGAGAGCAACAGCAAGCAGCGUACGGGAACCCGGCCCCGGUGGACAGCGACCGUCUGAGCGCUGCGACUGACCGUCUUCCUAGAGCAAAACAAGCACAGUUCAAGAAUCCCGCUCCUCCUUCAUCGGCCCCUAGUGGGAUAGCACAGCAGCUCCGCAAGUCAGUGGACAAGUCUGCUGAAACCGAGCAAGCCGCAGAUCCCAUGAACCUCGACGACUUUAUCGUGCCGAGUUCGGUCGCCUCUCCAGCAGGCAUGACUUCUCCCGCGCCAUCAGAGGCGGCAGGGCGGCCAAAGACGACACAGGCGCCCCCCAUUCCCAUAACUACCCGUAACAAACCUCAAGUCCAGAUUCCCAAGAAUCUACCCCCGUCAUCAAUGCCGCAGACCUCUAUCCCGACGCAUCGAACGUCGGAGUUCGAGUACGUCAAGAAGAGAGUUCGCAAGACGAGUAUUGAUGAGAGGAGAGGUAACCGCAAGCGCCCGGCUGAAUUCUCUCCUCAAGUACCUCCUCUACCUGGCCCUCAUGCUACAAAUGGUACGGAAAUGGAUACUGGUGUGCCUGACUAUGUGCUUGAUCAAACAACAGCCGCACAGUUCCCCGGACAGCCCAAUUUCCAGGGCUCAAUGUCUCUUCACCUUGAUUCUUUCCACCUCAGUGAUGACCCAAUCCUGACAUCUGCUGGGCCAUUCCAACAAAACUUCGCAUUUUCCCCCGCGGCUUCCCCCAUGGUCACCAAUGGACCGUUCUCGAAUGUAUAUACGCAGUCUUCGAUGGGUUCGUCCUUGAAUUCCGCCGAUUUUUAUUCCCCUCCUCAAUCUGGCUAUCCUUCUGCGGUCUCAACGCCCCAGCCGGGUCACGAAGUAGACGGUCAAGGGUUUUACUUUGACCAGAGUGGUCACACACGGACUAUGCCUUUCUACCCUCCUCACCGAGGAACCCAUCUAAUGACCCCCGCGGCCCCGCAGUUUGCGUACGGGUCUAACAAUGAGCAAGUGUACUCCCUUAUGAAUGGGGUACCUUCAGCGCAGACGGCAAAUGGGUUUUCGAUGCAGCAACACGUCGAUCCUUCCCGAGUACUGGUUCCGGAAUACGGACGCCGAGUCUCUCCUGGAGUUUCUGUGGCGGGAAAUGACAAUUUGUUCCAAUUUGGUGCCGAUUCUGACGGGGAAGACGACGAUGCCAAUUUUGCGAUGAUCCAAGCCGAAUAUGGCCAGAUUAGUGACCCAACUUUGGACUUGAAUUCGAGCUUGCAAUGGGACCCUAACGUUGCUGAUUACGGUAAUGUGCAGCGAUUUGGCAGCGGUCCCGGGAAACAGGUGAGAAUUGGGGGAGCGGAAAUGGUCAACUCGCCUCCGGAUUGGGGUUCCUCCAUGCUUAGUCGAACGCAUGGCUCAGCAGCCUCCAUCAGCGACAUCCGGAAUCGCGACCAGGACCCAAGGAGACAGAAAAUUCCCCGGACGACCUCGACUCCAGCCUUAUCAAACCAGCAUAUGCAGUCUACUGGUAGCUCACCCGGUGAGUCCGGCUUUAGCAGUCGACAACCAUCGAGACCAGGCAGCCCUGGACCAAAGAGCACAGAUCAAAAUGGUGUUCCGACGACCUGCACCAACUGUUUCACUCAGACUACACCGCUCUGGCGACGAAACCCCGAAGGCCACCCACUGUGCAAUGCGUGUGGACUGUUUCUUAAGCUGCAUGGUGUUGUGCGUCCCUUGUCGCUCAAGACUGAUGUCAUCAAGAAACGUAAUCGUGGGAGUGGAAAUACGGUGCCCAUGGGGUCAGCAGCCACUAGAGCAUCCAAAAAGGCCUCUCGGAAGAAUUCAGUGCAGCAAACACCGGCGACUACGCCAACGUCCGGCAAUGCUGCAAGCGAGCAGAAUUCGGCCUCCCCGUCUUCUGUGCAGGGCUCUGCACACUCGGGAUCAGUGGUGACGACACCCACGAGCUACCCACCUGGCACCACAGGAGGGAAACCCGGGGUCGUACCGAUCGCUGCGGCGCCACCUAAGCCACCUGUUCAGCCUGGUCCCAACAUGGCCAGGCCCGUUCAGGUGACACCGAAACGCCAGCGACGGCAAUCACGGGCGUCAACCAACACAUUGCCCAUAAUAACCGGCAAUAGUGGUCCAUCAAAUGAGGCAGAGAUGCACGACGCUAGCCAGUCGACUCCCAAGGUCACUCAAGCCCCCGUUACUCGGGCCAAGGCCGCCAGUAUGUCCUCGACUGCAGGGGCCACCACGAUGGCAUCGGUGAUGCAGCAGGGCGCCCUGCUCAAUUCCGGCGUCCAGACAAUGGGUAGCGGUCCGCACGGGAACAGCCAAGAAUGGGAGUGGCUGACUAUGAGUCUGUGA